CGCUAAAAGAAGGAAACGAGCGCGUAGGCGAAGGCCAAAACAAAAGAACACGAGAGAGAGAGAGAGAGAGAAGGCGAUGCUCGCCGAGUAUCUCUUUGGAGGGGCGAUCUCCUCGUUUCUAGGGUUUCUUCUUCUCCUUAUAUUGAGGAGCGCGAAGGAGAAGAGCAAGAGGACGAGCAAUGCCGGAACUCCGGUGAAGACUGCCGAGGAAUCCAGGCCGCAGGCCGCCGGGGAUGGCGGAACCGACGUGAUCGUCGUCGGCGCAGGCGUCGCCGGAUCUUCCCUCGCGCACACGCUCGGGAAGGAUGGCCGCCAAGUACAUGUAAUUGAGAGGGAUUUGACAGAGCCUGACCGCAUUAUUGGGGAACUUUUGCAACCUGGGGGUUACCUCAAAUUGAUUGAGUUAGGCUUGGAGGACUGCAUGGAAGAAAUUGAUGCUCAGCGGGUCUUUGGAUAUGCUCUUUUUAAAGAUGGAAAAAAUACCAGACUGUCAUAUCCCCUGGAAAAAUAUCAUUCAGAUGUGUCAGGGAGGAGCUUUCACAAUGGACGGUUUAUACAAAGGAUGCGAGAGAAAGCUGCAUCUUUGCCUAAUGUUAAAUUGGAGCAGGGAACUGUAACAGCCUUGCUUGAAGAAAAUGGUACUGUCAAGGGUGUAUCAUACAAGAAUAAAGCUGGUGAAGAACUAAAAGCUUAUGCACCGCUUACAAUUGUUUGUGAUGGAUGCUUUUCAAAUUUGCGUCGCACUCUUUGCUCUCCCAAUGUUGAUAUCCCCUCUUGUUUUGUUGGACUGAUCCUGGAGAACUGUCAACUACCAUAUCCAGACCAUGGACAUGUUAUAUUGGCAGAUCUUUCACCUAUUUUGUUCUAUCCUAUCAGUAGUACCGAGGUUCGGUGUUUGGUCGAUGUGCCAGGGAAAAAGAUGCCUUCUGUAGCUGAUGGGGAAAUGGCAAAUUAUCUGAAGACUGUAGUGGCACCUCAGAUUCCAAGCAAGCUGCAUGAUGCCUUUGUAUCAGCUGUUGAUCAAGGAAGCAUCCGAACCAUGCCAAAUAAGAGCAUGCCUGCUUCUCCUUUUCCGACACCUGGAGCUCUUUUAUUGGGAGAUGCAUUCAAUAUGCGGCAUCCUCUAACCGGUGGGGGAAUGACUGUGGCAUUGUCUGAUAUUGUUGUACUACGCAAUCUUCUGAGACCUUUGCAUGAUCUGCGGGAUGCAUCUUCUCUGUGCAAGUACUUAGAAUCCUUCUACACUUUACGUAAGCCUGUUGCUUCUACAAUAAACACUUUGGCAGGUGCCUUGUAUAAGGUCUUCAGUGCUUCACCUGAUCAAGCAAGGAAUGAGAUGCGCCAAGCCUGUUUUGACUAUCUUAGUCUUGGUGGUGUGUUUUCAAGUGGGCCUAUUGCUUUGCUUUCUGGCCUCAACCCUUGCCCAUUAAGCUUGGUUGCACACUUUUUUGCUGUUGCCAUAUAUGGUGUUGGCCGUCUUUUAUUGCCAUUUCCUUCACCUAGGCGAUUGUGGAUUGGAGCUAGAUUGAUUUUGGGUGCAUCUGCUAUCAUAUUCCCCAUUAUAAGAGCAGAAGGGUUUCGACAAAUGUUCUUUCCUGCUACUGUUCCUGCAUAUUACAGAGCUCCUCCUCCUCACUAAAAUGCCAACAAGUACCUGUACUAGGUGAAGGUGGAUGAGUUCUGGAUGGAGUGACGGUAGAGCAAACAGCUUUGUCCAAGGUGGUUUCUGCUAUGAUAUUAUUUUCCUAUGUUAACUAAUAACAUCCUACAAAGAUGGUUUCUGCUGGUAAUAUGGGAUGCUGCCACCUGAAUAUGUUGAAAUACAAAUCGUGUAGGGAUGUGGAUAAUAACCGAAGAAUCUCAACUUGCAAAAACUCUGAGGAGCUUAGAUAGGUGAAAAACUUUUAUUAACUUUUCAGAUUCAUUUUAAUGUAAUAUAAAAUCAUAAUAUUUGUGAGUAGACAUGUUUUUAAAGUUAGAAAAUAUGAUAUAUGAUAUGAGAUAUUUGUAUCAAAAAAUAUGAGAAACUCUGCAAUAAAAUCUCACAAGGAUUUACAAUCAUAAAA